UUCAUGCUCUCUCCCUCCCUCUCUCUCUCUGUCAGUGUCAUUCUGUAGUGGAGAUGUGGAGUGUCUUUCUGUCUCUCUGUCUGUUUUUCCAGCCUAAUUCAGCGGAGGAAGUGAUGUUGCUGGACACAACAGAGUCUACCUCAGAGCUGGGCUGGACCACCUAUCCAGACACAGGGUGGGACGAGGUCAGUGUCCUGGACGACCGGGGGAAGCUCAUACGAACCUUCGAGGUCUGCAAUGUCAACCAAAAUCCCCGUCUGCAGGACAACUGGUUGGCUACGCCUUUCCUGUACCGCCACUCGGCUCCACGGGUGUUCGUCACGUUGCGUUUCUCGGUGCGUGAUUGCGCCAGCCUGCGAUCACCAUCACCCACCUGCCGAGAGACACUCACCCUGUACUACAAACAGGCCAACUCCCAGAGGGAGCUGGAGAGGACCUGGGUAGCUGAGCCAUCCAGCAAGGAGAAGGAAACCAGGGAGGGCUGGGUGAAGAUUGACACCAUUGCAGCUGAUAAGAGUUUCUCCAAGGUGGAGCCCAGUUCACCUCACCAGUACCAACCAAACAGAUACAGCCGAAUCAAUGUCAAGACACGCAGCUUUGCCCCUCUCACACGCAAUGGAUUUGUUCUGGCUAUUGUUGACAGUGGAGCUUGUGUUUCCCUCAUGGGUGUGUCUAUCUUCUACCGGCGCUGUCCAGCCACCAGUCUCUACUUGGCGUCCUACCCCGCGACACCCUCAGGGGCAGAACCGACAGCCUUGGUGCCCGUGAAUGGGACAUGUGUCGCCCACAGUAAAGCACAGGGAGGCACACACCCUCGUAUGCACUGCAAUGCUGAAGGAGAGUGGAUGGUACCUGUUGGAGGAUGUGUCUGCGAUGAGGGCUAUGAGCCAAACCUCAAUGGAUCUGCCUGCUUGGCCUGUCCUGUGGGCUACUUCAAGUCUGUUUCGGGCUCGGUUCCUUGCUCGGUGUGUCCCCCCAACAGUAGAACCAGCCAGGAGGGAUCAAGAGUGUGUGAAUGUCGCAGUGGCUUUUACCGUGCAGCCAACGAUGCCAACUCUUCUGCCUGCACAACUCCUCCCUCUGCACCGGUGUCUCUCUCUUGGGAGUAUGAGAGCGGUGAUGGUGGGGUGUCCUUAAGGUGGCGCCCUCCAGUGGACAUGGGAGGCCGCAGUGAAGUGUGGUAUGGGGUGGUGUGUCGGAUCUGCCCCUCACCCACAUUCACCAACCCGGCAUCAUGCUCCUGGUGUGGGGAGGGCGUCACCUUCAGUCCCUCCCAGACGAACCUGAAACAAACCAAGGUCACCCUUAACAACCUGCUGACCAGAGUCACUUAUCUCAUACAGGUGCAAGCCAUGAAUGAAGUGUCAGCUUUGAGUCCUUUUUCAGCUCGAUACGCAAGCAUCAAUUUCACUACAAGCCAGUCAGUUCCCAGUACAGUUCCCAUGAUGCACCAGCUGAGUAGAGCCCCAGACUCCAUUACUCUUUCAUGGCCUCAGCCAGACCGGCCCAAUGGAGACAUCCUGGAGUAUCAACUCAGAUACUAUGAUAAGGGUUCAGAUGUGGACAGUGCUGUGAGUGUGUACAGUGAGACCAACACCGUGACCGUCAACUCUCUGAUUCCCGGCUCCAUCUAUGCCUUCCAGAUCAGAGCUCGAAAUGAACGAGGCUACGGCCCCUACAGCAACACCAUCUACUUCACCACACUGCCUCUGGAGGAACAUUCACAGCAGAUCCAGAAUCGGCUUCCUCUGCUGGUGGGGUCAGUGAUGGGUGGAGCAGCAUUUCUCCUUGUUGUGGCAGCCAUUGUUGUCGUGGUGGUAUUUCGCAGUAAGAGGAGGGAGAGUCCGUACAGCGACAGACUCCAGAGGUACAUUAGUAACCGAGGUGGAGUAAAAUAUUACGUGGACCCAUCCACUUAUGAGGACCCCAGUGAGGCGGUCAAAGAGUUCGCCCGUGAGAUAGAUCCCACCCACCUCAAGAUUGAAGAGGUGAUCGGUUCAGCUCAGUUUGGUGAGGUUUCCAGAGGUCGUUACCGUCCUAUGGGUCGCAGGGAGGUGCUGGUAGCGGUGAAGACUCUUCGCUGGGGGGCGUCCGACAGGGAGAGAGGGAUGUUUCUCAGUGAAGCAGGGGUCUUGGGCCAGUUUGACCACCCCAACGUCCUGAAGCUGGAAGGUGUGGUCACUCGUAGCCCUCCAGAGAGGAUCAUCACUGAAUUUAUGGAGAACGGGCCACUGGAUGCAUUCCUCAGGGAAAAUGAGGGCCAGUUCAGCGUCCUCCAGCUUGUUGGGAUGCUCAGAGGGGUUGGUGCAGGGAUGCGUUACCUCUCUGAGAGAAAUUUUGUCCACCGGGACCUGGCAGCCAGAAACGUGCUGGUCAACUCCAACCUGGUGUGUAAAGUGUCUGACUUUGGCCUGUCCCGACUCAUGAGGGGCCUGGACCACAACAUACCUACAUACACUGCCUCACUGGUAGGUUCUGGGAGAGGGAAUUUCUUUGGUGUGGUUUCUUUAACCAUCGCUUCACUGCUUCUGUCUUUGUCCUCUAUUGUUCUCCAUCAGGGCAGCAAGAUUCCUGUGAGGUGGACAGCACCAGAAGCUUUUCAGCAUCGCAAGUUCAGCUCAGCCAGUGAUGUCUGGAGCUUUGGCAUACUGAUGUGGGAAGUGAUGUCAUACGGAGAGCGUCCAUACUGGGACAUGAGCAAUCAAGAAGUGAUGAAGGCAGUAGCAGACCAGUAUCGUCUCCCUGCCCCCCACAACUGCCCCCCUGCCCUCCACUCUCUAAUGCUUAAGUGCUGGCAGGCCGAUCGAGGGGACCGGCCAGGCUUCGACACCCUCCUGUCCUCCUUGGAUAGGCUCAUCAGACACCCUGCCUCCCUCAAGGCGGAGCCAACUCGAAGCUGUUCUCAGACGCUGCUCAGCCCCACCCCCACAGACUUAUCAUCAGUGGCGACAGUCAGUGAUUGGCUGAAGGUGUUGAGGAUGGAGAGGUAUCAGGAUGAGUUUGAUCGGGCACACCUGGACACUUUAGACAGAGUCAGCAAGCUCAACAUGGAUGAUGUCCAGAAUCUUGGAGUGAACCUGCUGGGACACCAGAGGAAGAUCGUCAGUGCGGCCCAGCAGCUCAGGGCCCAUCUGACGCAGGGACAGGUGGAGGUGUGAAUUCAGAACAGAACAACCUGUACCAUGGAUAUCUAUGGUUUUCACAUUCUUCUGCUUGUUGUGUCUGGUUUCUGCAACACGGAUGUUAUGUUCACAGAGCACAUUUUAAGCCAAAAGAAAAAGAGAAUCAGCCUAGAGAGUUGCUGUGUACUCUGAUAAACCUGACACUACAACCAGAAGGGAUGAAAAAGAAGAUCGGAUUUUUUCUUCCAGUCACUCAAGACAAAUAACAGAACAGCGAUGCGCCAUGGGAGCUGGAGUCCGGGUUAAAGUGAGUUUAGGGAGUUGCUAAGGAGAAUGAGGACCUAAAUGUUUCCUCAAAGUUUUUCACUAGAUUUCACUGUACUGUUGUCUGCCUUCUUCCCUCCUCACCCAUCUUCAGUCCUAACCCCUCCCCCCACACCCACCCCGCCCCCAUCCUCCAUUGAGUACAAUAAAACUUAUAAAAUAUUUUUUGUCAAAAUGCUUAUGGAGAUCUCUCCUCACAAAGAAUUGCGUGAAGACAAUCAAAGCCUUUUUCUAAUAUUUUUUGAGUUUUUGUAAAGUUUUUAUCAUUUCUUCUCUACUUAACACACCAAAUGCUAAAAACAGAAAACAGUGUACUACCUAGCAGCCUAUGGUUUGUCUCAUUAAGGUCUUACCAUUAGCUUUCAGAAAAUUUUGUAGUUUGCUCAAUAUUGAAAUAAAAUGCUAUUAAUCACAAGUCCAAAGUCAGUACCACAAACCAUUCAUAUAUAACAAAAGGUUAUAUAUGAAUCACUGCCCUGAAAUUGGGGAAACAAAAACUAAACAAAAAGAUGCUUUUAAAAACUUUAAGCCAUGUUUUUCCUUGUUUAAUAGACAUAUCCAUGGUCUGAGAGCUGCCCUGUUUGUAUGACUCACUCCCACUGUGGGGCCUCUUAUAUACUGUCAAAUUCUACAAGUAUCACCUCCGCUGCAAACACAAAUGUCCAUCUGUGGACAGCACUCACCUUUAUGUGUACAUUUCACACUUCACCUCUUUUGGUUUGAUUGCUUGAGUAAAGACACUGAGUCGUUGAGAUAUUGUGAGUGUGUGAAGUGGGAAAGAUGGACAAAAUCUGAUCUGAUUUACACUUGAAGGAAGGAGGCGAAAUGCUUUGGAAGUAUGUACCUGUGUGUCUGUAACCUGUGUGCCGUAUAUGAGGCUGUGUUAAUAUGUACAUCAGGUACUGUAUAUGCUGUACAUGAUGCUGUAUGUAUGUGCGUGUGUGUGUGCGUGCAUGUGUGUGUGUUUGAGACAGGUGUGUCAGGCUACACACAUUAUUAGCUGUGUUUACUUGUAUGAGUGUUCACCACUAUUCCAUUAUUGUGCAAAUUUGUAAAAUAAAUGAUAUG